AUGCAAAAGGAAAAUUCAACCAGCCAGUCGGUCACGAUCGUUUCAACUACUCUACUCUACUCUGCUCCCUUUGCUGGCUUUAUGAUAUUAUCUUCUCCUCCUUCUUUUGAAGGGACAAUCAUCAUCAUCAUCAUCAUCAUCACAAUAACCACUAUCACCUUCCUUCCUUAUUUUAUGAUCAUUACAAUUUUUAUAAAAAGGUUAAUGAUGAUAAAAGAUGAUGAUCCAACCUUAAGUAGCAUCAACAACAAUAACCAGACCAAACCAAAUUAUUAA